UUUCAAUUAAUUUAAACUUAAAAUGGAAUUUUGGUACUAAAUUUUCGAAGAAUACAAUUAACUAAUAUAGUCAACUUAUAUAGAAAGUAAAUAUAAUAUUUAUUUUCUCAUUAAGUAUUCAAAUAAAUUAGGGUACUUUCAUAAAAAUAUUUGUAAUAUAAGACUAUUACAUAUCUAAAAUAAAUUAAAAAAUUAAACAUAGAGACUGCACAUAAAAUUUGUUAGAAUCAGGCAACAAAAUUCAAGAAACCAGAUAUACAUACUCUUUUUUAUUUGUUUUUUUGUUUGCUAUCAAGAAACUAAUAACUUGAAUAAUACUGAAAUAUUAAAUAUAAUAUGAUUUU